AUGGAGGAACUAAUGUCAUCGGAAGGAUGGUUUGCUGAUGGAAAUAAAGAGGGUUAUGAUGUUGUGGUGGUGGGUUCUGGCUAUGGAGGUUCUGUGGCGGCGUGUCGGUCGUCGAUGGCGGGGCUUAAGGUGUGUGUGAUUGAGAAAGGCCGGAGAUGGGAAGCUCAGGAUUUUCCGACCAACAGUUUGAAGAUAUUGUCGUGUGUGAGAAUCGAAAACCCAACCUUGGGGUACACCGUAGGACCCAAAGAUGCAUUGUUUCAGCUAUAUCGAUACGACGAUUCUCUAGCAACAGUGGCCUGUGGGCUGGGUGGAGGUUCACUAGUGAAUGCAGGAGUGAUGCUACCAACCCCGGUUCGGGCAAGAAGGAACCCCAAAUGGCCAAAGGAGUGGGAGAGAGAUUGGGAGGUCUGCGAGGCAUCAGCUUCAGCUAUGAUGAGAAUUCAAAGUGUUCCCAGGUUCCCCAAUGCCAAAAUCAUGGAGGACAUGACCGAAGAAGAUCAGUAUGAAGCAACUAGCCAAAGUUCACUUAAGCUGGGUGUGAACUUUGAUAUAGAAGAAGUACAGCCCCAUGAUCAGAUCAGCAAGUCCAAAGACAUUGGAAGCUGCUUAGCCUGUGGAAAUUGUCUUGCUGGCUGUCCUUAUAAUGCAAAACUCUCUACAGACAAAACUUAUCUUUUCUCAGCUCUCCAGGCAGGAUGUACUAUCAAAACAGAAUGUCAAGUUCAAUAUGUGGUUAGAAACCCAGAUGACACUUGCAAAGAAGAAGAGAAAAUCUGCAGAAAAAGAAGGCGUCGAUGGCUCGUAUUUUUCAAUGAAACUGACUUUGUAACAUCUGAUUUUGUUAUCCUCUCAGCUGGAGUGUUUGGAACAUCUAAUAUACUAUUCCGGUCGCAGAUGAGGGGAUUGAAAAUUUCAGAGAGGCUUGGAUCAGGGCUGAGCUGCAAUGGCAACACUGUUGCUUAUCUUGCAGGAAGCUCAGCACCCUUAAAUGCUUUUGGCUUAAACAGUAAGCAAUUUUCAAAAAUACCUUUUCAGGAGCGUCCGGGACCAGCCAUUUCUUCAUCAUACACCUCUUCCUUGGGUUUUACUAUUCAGAGUGCAGUACUUCCGACUGCUUAUCCAUACCUGCUAUUCAAAGGGAUUGCGUCUUAUGGUUGGCCACCGGGCUACUGGCUCUUUCAUGGGAUCAUAGACAAUCUUAAACAUGCUUUAGGAUCAAAGCGCCAAGCAAUGGUUCUGAAUGCAAUGGGAUAUGAUGACAGUGAUGGAAAGAUAAUUUUUGAUAAAAAUACAAGUAAUAUUGGCUUCCAGCCACCCCAUGACCCUUUACUGCCAAGAAAAAUCGACACCUUUCAGAAACUCACAAAGAAAUUGGGAGGAAUUUUGUUCAUGUCAAGGCAUCGGAGCACAUCAGUUCAUCUUUUAGGUGGCUGCAAUGCCUCUUCAGAUCCUUCACGGGGUGUUUGUAAUCCCAACGGGCAAGUUUUUGACACGAAAUCUCCUACCACAUUUCACCCUGGCCUGUAUGUUUGUGACGCCUCGUUGAUUCCUUGCUCUAUUGGCGUAAAUCCGUGUCUGACUAUUGCUACAGCUGCGGAGCAUGUAAGUAGGCACCUUGUGCAGGAUGCUCUCAAGUUCAAAACCAAAGAAGGUACAGAACUUACCAAUGCAGCUUUGGAUAAAAAACUUGGUUCAAUCAUCUCCGGGAAGUUCAAUAGCAGCCAGAGAUCAUUGGUUGUGGUUAAAGAAACCAUGAGGGGGCAUAUGGGGGGUAUGCCAUGCACAGCUUCUCUCAUACUGAAAUUGAAUUGCAGGACAUCCAGAGAUUCUAAUAAAAUGAGUAUGGUCAUUGGAAAAUCUCACCCUCUUCUACGAGGAAAAGUCGGUGGCUAUGUUGAAAUCAAAGGAGUAGAAAAGGAUAAAUUACAUAUCAUAGAGGGGGAAGUAGAUUUGUGUGAAGUUGAUAUCAGAACUCCUUAUACACAAUAUAUGCACUAUCAUCUUCUCCUUGGAGCUUCUUCUGGUGCAAGAUUUGUUCUCGAAGGGACGAAGAUAAUGAAUCCUUUUUUCCUUGCAUUAUAUGGGUGGAAAGAAUCAACAACAUUGCAUGUAACCUUCAACAAAGUUACCAAUAACACUCCAAGGGAAGAAAUGGUGAACUUAAGAGGGGAGCUUCACAUUUCCAUGAUAGAGCUCCUAAGAACUGUUAUGACUCUGAAGGGGAACAACAGAGGAAAGUUUGUAGGUCUGCUAUUGCAAUCUCUCUUCAGAACCUAUAUUUUGCAAAUACCUCGAGGAAGUCGCAAGUACUUCACCCCAUCAGAAGUCUACGAAAGACCUUAUCUGAGUAGUACUCUCCACGAGAUCAAAACAGAAGAUGGAUUUCAACUAAGUUGCAAACAGUGGAAGUGCACUCAGAGACCAUGGAGGCUAGAAGGAGAGAGUGAACCACAUCCGAUCCUCCUUAUUAACGGAUACUCAACCGAGAGUUAUUGGUUGCCAACUGAACCAAAUGAUCUGGUUAGAACUUUACUAGAAGAAGGGCAUGAAAUAUGGCUACUGCAGCCAAGAUUACACCCAUCGAAUCCUUCUAACCACUUCACAAUCGAAGACAUAGGCAAAUAUGAUAUACCUGCAGCCAUCAAUAAAAUCUUGGAGUUGCAUGGGGCAUCGACAAAAGUACAUGUGGUUGCACAUUGUGUUGGAGGCCUUUCCAUUCACAUUGCUCUGAUGGGAGGACAUGUCUCUGCUAGCCAAAUAGCUUCUCUAACUUGCACCAACUCUUCAAUGUUCUUCAAGCUCACUGCUUCAUCGACUGUAAAAAUGUGGCUUCCACUUAUCCCGAUGUCUAUGGCGAUAUUAGGCGAGAACAAGUCUCUACCUCUCUUCCAAACAUUGAAGGCUAGUUCGCAACACCAGCUCCUCAAAUUAAUAGCCCGUUUCGUGCCACGCUACGAGAGAUGUGCCUGCGAUGAAUGUGAAGUCUUCUCAGGCAUAUUUGGUAACACAUUUUGGCACAAUAAUAUAAGCCCCACAAUGCACCACUGGUUGAACAAACAAAGCUUACCAAGGCUUCCCAUGGCUGCAUUUCCUCACCUCAGAAAAAUCUGUAACUCGGGUUUCAUCAUUGAUAGCAAUGGCAAGAACUCGUAUCUGAUCCAUCCUGAGAGAAUGGCACUGCCAACGCUUUAUAUAUCCGGUGGACGGACUCUCCUUGUGACUCCUCAGACUUCUUUUCUGGCUAACAAGUACAUGAAGUUGCACCAGCCUAGUUUUAGACAUGAAAGGGUGGUUGUGGAAGGUUUCGGGCACUCGGAUUUAUUGAUUGGAGAAGAGUCUUGUAAGAGAGUUUUUCCUCACAUUAUAUCUCACAUUAAACUGGCUGAAAAAGAAAGAAAUGGUACAAUGAAUCCAAGGGAAUUAAAGAAGUGCAAUAGAGAGGCCUUGGCUUGGAGUGAUGAUUUAUAUGAGGAAAGAAAUGGAGGAUUUGGAAGCUGGAUUUCUCUUUUGGUCACCAUUUGGUUGGUUUUGUUGCUGAUAGCUAUGUUAGCUUCUAGAUUUUUCUGAUUUUAAACCCAUUGUUUGGUUGCUGCCUUGCUGGGAAACUGCAAGAAACCAGAAGGAAAACACUUUUCACUUUUGGGUUUCUUCACUUUGUUGAAUUAACCAACCUAGCCCGAAGAUCUGGG